AUGUUCAACUUCACAGAGUACUUUGAUAACUCCUACCACAUAAUUCGAAUAAUAGAAAAUAAAAUUACUUUACAAAUAGAACAAUUAAACCCAUUAUGGAGAAAACAUGCGAAACGAUCUCUUUUUGACGGAAUUGGCUCAGCAAUAAAAAUUAUAACAGAAAAAUUCAUAGAUAAAAUUAACGAAUCAGUUCCAGGAUUUGAUGAAAUACAAAUGCGAUACGACAAUCACUUAAAUUUAUUAGAUGAAUUUGACAAAAUCCAAUCGAUUAUAGAGUCUGAAUGUAAAGAGGAUGACUUAGAUGAACAAUUCAAUGAACGCGAUACAUUUCAAGAUAGAUAUUAUGCUGCUUUUGAUUUUUUGAAACAAUUUAUACAAACUUUACAACCACGUCUAGAUACAAGCGUUGAACAAAAUUCAAAUUCAGUUAACAACAUUUCGUCGAAUAAUUUUGAUCCUCUUCAGAAUGUUUUAUUACCAAAGUUAAAAUUACCUAGCUUUGAUGGAGAGUUUCAUCAUUGGCUUCAAUUUAAAACCAAUUUUAAAACUAUCAUAUGUGACAAUACAAAUUUGAAUGAGAAUCAGAAAUUUCAGUUUUUAAAGGCGUCUCUAGAAGGGUACGCUUCUCGAUUUAUUGAAGGUUUAGACAGUACAGACAAACCAUUUGAAAGAGCUUGGAACCUUUUAGAUGAAAGAUUUGAUAAAAAACAAUUCUUAAUCGAUAGCCAUUUCAAGUCUAUUCUAAGUGUGCAAAAUAUUGUUAGAGAAAAUUAUAUACAAUUUCGUAAGUUAUUAGAUGAAAUUUCUAAACAUUUAACAUCGCUAGAAGGCUUAGAGUUAACUAAAGAUAUUUUAUACGACUCCUUUAUUAUUUAUAUUGUGUCCAAUAAAUUGGACAAAAAUACGAUUCGUGACCGGAAAGAAAUGAAAUAUCAUUCUGAAUUACCAACUUUGGACGAAUUUAUGAAUUUCUUGAAAGACAAAUCUGACAUUUUACAAUGUUUGGACGAGUCUCAACAAACAACUAAAUCCAUAGGCAAUUUAAGUCAUGAUAAACAAAAUUGUAAACACGGCAAAUGUACAAUAUGCAAAAGGAAGCACAAUACACUGCUUCACAAACAAUAUAAUGUAGUACCCUCGGCAAAUAAUCCUUCUAAUGAACCAACAACUUCGAUGAAUGUAGUUGUAAACCACAAUAAUUCAAAUACGAUUUUAAAAGCGGAAACUUUCGCCAAUUCACUGUUAUCUACCAUCUCAUGUCAAAUUAAAGACAACCAAGGCAAUUUUCAUCAAAUAAGAGCCCUGCUGGAUUGUGGAGCUCAAUCCAAUAUAAUAACUGAAAGGCUAUGUAGUUUACUAAAUAUACCAUUGUUACCUACCAAUGUCUCAAUUUCUGGAAUAGUCGUCCCUGCAAUAACUGGUAAUAUUCCAUUUGCUUAUUUUAAUCCUAGUACAUUAAAGAUACCGGAACAUGUUCAAUUAUCUGAUCCCAGUUUUGGAUGUCCACAAGAAGUCGAUUUAUUGUUGGGCGCCAAUAUAUUUUGGGAUUUGUUAUUAAACGAAAAAAUAAAAUUGGGAAAUAAUAUGUUAGUUAACACUGUAUUUGGAUGGAUAGUAACAGGUGCGCUUCCAAUUGAUAAUAAUAAAACAAUCAUGUGUAACCUUUCAAGUCAUAUUCCUGAAGAUGACCAGUUAAAGAAAUUCUGGGAAAUUGAAGAAAUAAAAGGUAGUAAUCAAUUUUUAUCUCAAGACGAUAUUGUGUGUGAGUCUUUAUUUAACGAAAAUACUUUCCGCAUAGAAAACGGUCAGUUUGUAGUAAAAUUCCCGUUAAAACAAUCCCAAGAACUAUUGGGCAGGUCUAAACCCGAAGCAAUUAGAAGAUUUAAGACAUUAGAAAAACGGUUCGCGGAUGUUCAAUUUAAACAAUUAUACACCGAUUUUAUUCAAGAAUAUGAAACUUUAGGUCAUAUGACUAAAUUAACUAUUGAACCCGAUGGAAUUAAAUACUUUUUACCACAUCAUGGUAUUUUAAAAGAAAUGAGUACGACAACUCGUUUACGCGUAGUUUUUGAUGGAAGCUGUAAGACGUCUACAGGGUGGUCGCUUAACGAUCUACAAUAUAUCGGCCCUAAAGUUCAGAAUGACAUUAUAAACAUUCUUUUACGAUUCAGAACAUAUAAAUUCGUGGUUUCCGCUGACAUAUCAAAAAUGUAUCGUCAAAUUCUCAUAGAUCGAGGGCAUAGACCUUUACAACAGAUACUAUGGCGUGAUAACCCCAAAAGUAACUUUUGCACUUAUCACUUGAAUACAGUUACAUAUGGAACUCGAUCAGCUCCAUAUCUGGCUAUCAAGUGUAUUAAGACGCUAGCGGAACACUAUAUGAAUCAAUACCCCAAAGCCUGUGAAACAAUACUAAAGGACAUGUACGUGGACGAUUUGUUGACCGGUUCUAACGAUUUAAUAGAAUUACAAACAUUGUGCAAAGACAUAUAUGAUGUCUUAUCAUCCGCUAAUUUCAUGUUAAGAAUGUGGAUUUCUAAUAAUUUUCAAGUAGUUUGUGGCUUCAAAGAUAACAAUAUCUCAAAUGCAAUUUUAGAUAUAGAUGUCCAUUGCUUCUGCGAUGCAUCGAGAGAUGCAUAUUCAUGUUGCAUAUACUUAUGCAGUGUUGACGAUAGCGGAAAUUAUAACGUUCCAUUACUAUGUGCCAAAACCAAAGUGUCGCCACUGAAGACAAUAACAAUUCCAAAACUUGAAUUGUGUGCUUGUCUUCUAGGAGCACAACUAGUAAAUACUGUGGUCAAUGCCCUCAAUUUAAAAAAUAUUCAUUACUGUUUGUGGUGCGAUUCUCAAGUCGCCCUAUGUUGGAUUAACACGGAACCCAAUUUAUUACAGACCUUUGUUGCUAAUCGCGUAUCUAAAAUACAAUCUCUCACGAACAUUGAAAAUUGGAGGUAUGUUUGUACUAAGGAAAACCCUGCAGAUUUAGCAUCUCGAGGUAUAAUGCCUAAAAUGCUGAUGUCAAAUGCAAUUUGGUGGAAAGGACCUCAAUUUUUAUUGUUACAAUCAUCAGAUUGGCCAAUUACUAAUUUUUCAAUUUCUAAACACGAUCUCCCAGAACUAAGAAAAUCUAAAACUAUUUUGGUCAUAUCACAACAUACAAAAAUUUGUGAUUUAUUUACAAAAUUCUCUUGUUUACAACGAUUAAAAAGAGUCACAGCAUAUUGUAUGCGUUUUAUCAAUAAUACACGAAAAUCUGAUACCAAAGUUAUUGGCCCAUUAUCAGUUGAAGAAUUGGAAAACACCAAUACUAUUUUAAUUAAAUUAUCUCAAAUUGAAUCAUUUUCCGACGAGCUAGAAUUACUUCGUAAAAACAAGCAAUUAGAUGCUAAACAUAAAUUUGCCUCAUUAGCGUUCUUUAUUGAUGAGAAAGGAAUCAUCAGAGUUGGGGGACGAUUAAAAAAUACUUACUUACCAUUUAACAUCAAAUAUCCAAUCUUACUCUCAAGUAAACACAAUUUUACCAAGCUAAUUUUUAAUCAUAAACAUAGUCAAUUGUUACACCCAGGACCACAACUACUAUUAAGUUCGGUUCGACAAUUCUACUGGCCUGUUGGUGGUUCUAUAUUAGCCAAACAAACAGUGAGAAAUUGCGUGAAUUGUUUCAAGUUCAAUCCUAUUCCAUUUUCCUGUCCAAUGUCAAACCUACCGAAUGAAAGAAUUAGGCCUACGCUUCCAUUUGAAGUGACCGAAGUUGAUUAUGCCGGCCCAUUCUAUAUUUUGAACAAACCAGGUAAAGGAGCUAAACUUAAUAAAUGUUAUUUGGCUAUUUUCGUUUGUUUUUGCACUAAGGCAAUACAUUGCGAAAUAGUAACUGAUUUAACUUCCAACAAUUUCUUAGCAUGCUUAAAACGCUUUGUAUCUAGACGAGGUGUUCCCAAAAUAAUAUAUUCCGAUAACGGAUCUACAUUUCACGGCACUAACAACUUAUUGAAAGAUCUUAUUAUAGCCUGCGUUAUAUAUCUAAUAAUUAGAAUAAGAAGAAAGAAGAACCAACCCGAAAGGGAGACAACAAACGAAGAAGAUGUUUUGAAAAAUUUUCCUCUAAUGCCGAACUCUGGUCCAUCCCCAUAG